AUGGAGCAACCACAGAUAAUAGCAGAACCAUCAAAUGAUCCUGAACGUGCCACAAUCCUCCUUAUGGGGCUUAGAAGGGGUGGUAAAUCAUCAAUAUGUAAAGUGGUAUUCCACAACAUGCAACCUCUAGACACUCUGUAUUUAGAAUCCACCUCAAAGCCAACCACAGAGCAUUAUUCUUCGUUGAUUGAUUUGGCUGUUAUGGAAUUACCUGGUCAAUUAAAUUAUUUCGAACCUUCAUAUGAUAGUGAAAAAUUAUUCCAAAGUGUCGGUGCAUUAGUGUAUGUUAUUGAUAGUCAAGAUGAAUAUCUGAAUGCAUUGACCAAUUUAGCCAUGAUUAUAGAGUAUGCCUAUAAAGUAAACCCAGAAAUCCAUAUUGAGGUUUUAAUACAUAAAGUUGAUGGACUUAGUGAAGAUUUUAGAUUGGAUACCCAAAGAGAUAUUAUGCAAAGAAUUGGUGAUGAAUUAUUAGAUUUGGGAAUUGAAGGUGUUCAAGUUUCAUUCCAUUUAACUUCCAUUUUUGACCAUUCCAUAUAUGAAGCAUUUUCAAGAAUAGUUCAAAAAUUGAUAUAUGAAUUACCAUCUUUAGAGAAUCUGUUGGAUAAUCUUGUUCAACAUUCUAAAAUUGAAAAAUCCUUUUUGUUUGAUAUAAAUUCAAAGAUUUAUGUUGCAACAGAUUCUUCACCUGUUGAUUUGCAAACUUAUGAAGUUUGUGCUGAAUUUAUUGAUGUUACUGUGGAUUUAAAUGAUUUAUAUGAAAACAAAAUAUCUAACCAACCAUUAAAAUGUUCAUCUGUUUUACAAAACGGGUAUAUUUUGACUUUCCAUACAAUGAUCAGAGGGUUGGCCCUAGUGGCCUUAAUUAAGGAUUCAGAUGUGGAUACCACGAUGGCUGUGGUUGAUUAUAACGUUGAAAUUUUCAACAAGGCAUUGAAAGAGAUUUGGAAAAGAUCGAUAUUAAGUUGA